AUGUCCUACCAAAAGCCGUGUUACGAGAUUGGGCGUUUCUCUAUCAACUGCAACGCUCAUGGACUGGGAUUUCUUGACCCUCCAUCGCUCGACAUCAUCUUCAGCAUCUCCAACAUCCUUGCUGGCGAUCUUGCCAAAAGCAAGGCGGCGUGGUUGUCGUACAUGGUACACCUUGGUGGACUGACGUUUUGUGUCGGCAAGAACGCACUACGAAUUCCAAACUUAGUGACUGCAGAGCGAUUUGGGAGCGCUAUUCUGCACAGGCAUCAAGCAGCUCUGGAGGAUGUGAAUGGCGCGUUUAAGUUAUUAAUCGACAAUGGAAACAUCGACAGAAUCCUCGGACUAUAUGCCCGCGGUAUGCAGGAACACGAUGUCGGAGCCCAUGAUUUCAAAAAGAAGGAGGAGGAUCACUGUAACUCGAUAUGUUUCACCCUACUGGCUAAUAUCCACCCGUCCCUUCGGAAAGUUGGCGUCGAGACGAGCAUUACAAAGCCUUCGGGAACGCCAGGUCGAAUUGACAUGCUGGUAUCCGUUACGUCGCGAAAGCAGCUGUUUGUUCUGGAGUGGAAGUCCAUCCAAAUCGAUUUCAUCGAGAUUGGAUCUGGAUCACGAUUGAAAAGGGCCGAUGCCCUCGCGGAUAUUCCCGUUGCCAGCGAGGUGUUGGAUCUAACGUUCAGGAACGACGAAUUUCGAGCUGGACAGACCAUCAAGGAAUGGAUUCUGAAUGGACCGAAAGAUAGCAUAGGGCAUUCCCCUCAACAACAGCUUCGUGACUACGCGCAGAGCCGAGAGAUCAAGAAGUGGGAAAAAGAUGGCUAUGCAAUCACGCCGGUUCUUGUCGUCGUAGUUAGAUCUCGCCUCGUUCUUUUGUGGAAUCUUGCAGGCGAUAAGCUCGACGCAUCUCCACGACUCGCUCUCGAGUGA